AGGGAGAUGGGCAAGGCAGGGCAGGCAAGGGCGUGUCCUGCCGGCGUGCGGGAGGAGGGCGUGGCUCAAGGUUACAGCCGGGUGGUACAUAAGGGCGACACGCCACCCUCGCUCCUCACUCGCCCUCUGCCGUCGUCAUGAAGUCCUUGGUGCUGCUGUCCCUCAUGGUGUCCUCCGUCUUCGGGGGCACCACUCUCCUCCAGUACCCUCUUGGCCCCAGUGCCAUCGUUUACUCUAACCUCAACCUCAACGUGCCGGCCUCCGUGCCUGCCGGCGAGGCCACCGGGGACCUGGUGCAGAAACUCCCCGUCAAGGCCCUGGGCCGCCCCGUGGUGACCUACACUCCCCAGGUGACUGAAGUCCGUCCCGAGCUCAAGAUCUACGAGAAGACCUACAACGUGCCCGUGCCCAAGCCCGUGUACCAGACCCAGCACGUCACCCCCGUGCACCACAAGUACGUGGCUGAGCCCUACGCCGUGCCCCAGCCUUACGCCGUGCCCCAGCCCUACGCUGUGCCCCACCCCUACCAUGUGCAACACCAUGUUGCCGCCGUGCCCGCCGUGCACGCCGUGGUGAGCGCUUAACCGUGACAGCAGCCGACGACGUCCCCAAUACAGUUUUCUCCCAUGACAAUGUGGCAUGUCCGUGACUCACACACCUGGCCAUAUCUUUGUAGUUUUACCUCAGAAACUGAAUAAAUCUUCGUUUUUUUUUG